ACUGCCGAUACGCGUUACACCGAAUCCACAGUUUUCACAGGAACAGGUGUGAGCUCCACAGCAUGAGAGGGGUGUUGUGGCUAACGCUGAGGUAGCUAAAGCAACAGAACAAAGAAACUAGAGAGGAGCACUGGAACAACACAGACCUGACCCUUUAUGAAGCAACAUAGAAAAUGAACAUUCAUCAGAGUCCCAUUGAGUAUUGCAGUUUCCAUAGCAACGGGGACAGAGUGAUGGAGAGUGGGCGAGAGUGAUGGGGAGUGUGUAAAGGAGUAGGUGAGGUGGAUGGAGUGACAAUGACGCUGUCUGCCUGACUAUCUGUGCAUCUCCUCAUUAUCAUUCCCCCUCCCCCUCUCUCCAUCCAAUCCCCUAGUCCUAUCUACCACCCCCCUGUACACCACACAGAAAGCCAAACAACCACCACCACCCAUCUCUAACAACGUCACACACACAUAUAGACACACACAUAUAGAAACACACACAUUCGCACACACACUACUCUUGUCUCCUGGAAAGGGAUUUAAAGAUUCGCAGCCUCUCAUUUGUAAUCAGAUGAAAGAGGGGAUUAUCUCAAGGUUUCCUCCAUCUUGUUCACAGCCAGGAUAGAGGGAGGGAGGGAGAAGGAAGAGGAGGAGACUAGUGGAAGGGAGGGCGCUGUGAAUGGUGCGUGGUGAGAGAGGGGGGGUCACCUGUGGAUUUGAGGGAAGGAGAAGCGCUUUCCUUUUCCUUUCCAACAUCCUGGACUAACAGGGGUUCUCCUGGGAUCCUGGGGGAUAACUGGACUCUGACACAGAGUGAUUGAGGAAGAGAGGGAGAGGAGGAGGAGAGAAAAGGAACAUAAGGCACGGAUCUCAUAUUCUUCCUGAAAGGGCUUUCCCAUGGCAGAGAGUGAGCGUCCUGUGUCUGAGUUAUACCCACCAGAGGGCAGUGUUUCCCUUGACUCUGCCCUCAUUACCGACCCCUUUCUCUCCCAGAGCUCCACAGACGGGCUGACAGGUCCCCCGAGGCAGGAGGAACUCAGGAAGAGCUCCAGCGAGCAUACAGCUCUAUGCUCUAACAGAGACAGAAAAAAUUACAGCCAGGGGCCUACUCAGGCUGUCCAGCACACCAUCCAACAACACACACCUGACCAUGUGGACCCCAGGACUGCUGUUCGCCCUCACAGUAUGGCUGAGUCAUCAUACACAGCCCAUCGCCAUGAAGAGGGCAUCACCAGCUAUGGUCACCAAGCCAGCGGGGACGUGUUAUCAGCCUUCGGAGAGAGCCAGGAGCCCUACCCCUCGUCAUCAUCCCAGAAAGACCUGAGAGGACUCGAUCUGUCCAGGCUGCCUGUCCAGAGGAGUCACUCAGAUACCCUCCACAUGCUCAGGGAGGUCCCUGCCCCCCCACCCCGCAGUGAGACCAGCUGCCCUUUGUAUCCAGGGAGAGACUACCUUUUCCAGGAUGCCUCUCCUCAGGCCUUCUCCAGGUUUGCCUGCAAGCAGCCCAUGCAGGUCCAGAACUGCAACCCUGUCAACACCACCUGCAGAGGGGGAAAUGGUGGAGGAGGCAGCCCCACACAGCAGCCUCAGGCCGGGAGUGUCAGGGUCGGUGCCCCUGGCCCCUCUAACACAGCCGCUGAGGUCGGCGAUGAGACCCAACAACAACAUUCAUGUGAGGAAGCCAUCUGCUAUUGCGCUUUUGUCCACCACCACGGGGCGUUGGAGGACACGUUUGCGGCGUACUGCCACCCCCAGCCCAUCCUCGCCCCUGCCCAGCUGCUGCCACGCUUUCCAGGCACCGAAGCUAAGUUCAGGGACCAGAGGGUGCUGCCACCUCACCCGGCGCAUACCCUCAUCUCUCUCCCUUGCCUCAUGUCCUCCGUCAGUGAGACAGGACUGGAUGCCAAGCGCCUGUUGCAAUGCUGCAACCUCAAUUGCAACCUCAACUGCUCCUGGGCCAACACUCUGCCCCCUAGUGGAGCCCUGCAGCAGCAGGAGUAUAGCUGUCCUAGCAGCAACAAUAGAGCCACCAGGAACACAGGGACUAUGACAUCCCACAGGGAGCUCAGGGACGUGGGGGUGCAGACUGGGCAGAUCCACGAGGCACGCCUGGCCCAUAUGUUCCCCCAGGUCUGCCUGGUGGAGAAGAACAGGAACGAGAAUGGGAACGAGAGCGGGAAUGAGACGGAUACAUCCCAGAAGUCCCCAGUGAAGGAGGUGAAGUGGGACGCGGAAGGGAUGACGUGGGAGGUGUACGGGGCGUCUGUGGACCCUGAGGAGCUGGGUCUGGCCAUCCAAAAGCACCUGGAGCUGCAGAUCAAGGAGACGGCUGGCCGCGCUGCUAACCUUUCCUGCCAGGAUACGGCCACGUCCAGGAAGAGCAGUAGUGGCGCCGGCGGCAGGAAGAAGAGGGGAGGGGUGAUGGGCUCAAUCAGGACCCCAGCCUGCUGCGCAAGCUCCAGCACGGCUGUGGACUGACAGGGGGAGACCUGAACACUGUGCUUAGUGGUCAAGAUGGCUGCAGCUUUAUUAUGCAUCAAAUGUGACCCCAAAACACCAGAGACAGUGUGACCAGCCUCACGUAGUGAAUAAGAUCAUCUGUGUGUCAGUCAGAAUAUUGGCAUGUGUACAAGAACCUACCAUCAUAUUGAUUAAAGAGGUGAAUGGACAGAGA